ACCUUGUUCCGCACGCGGCCUAGAGAUAAGUAGAUACAUUUUUCAAUUUGCUGCAGCAAAGUUUUUUUUUCGCGAAGUUUUGUUUUGACGACCUACCAUGGUCGUGGUAUCGCCCUCUAUGCUCACUCCAUUCACGAAGAGCGGCGGGCCACUGGCAGCAGAGAUACUCUGCAAAAUUCGCAUCGGGGCAGGGCGCGCAGCAAGCAGCAGGAGUACAUGCGUUUUAUAUGCAUCUGCAGAUCCAUCACGUGCAUUUCCGUCGAUAGGCGAGGACUUUGGCAGCCAGAGGUUUCUCCUGUCGCCCAGCUCCUCUUUCCGACUCCCCCGCCACUCCGCGACGGCGAAUAGCAGACUUUUUAGCACAAAGACAUCACGGGCACCAGGACCGCUAGCGGUACCGCAGCAAGGAAAUGGUGCAAGUGCUUCGCAACGAGCGGCUUCGAGGAGCACGAAAAUCAUCACGCCCUCCCUUCUGGAGAAGCUUUACCGCAAGUGCCCCCGGCCGAAGCAGCCAAAUCCCUUCAACAUCCGGCUGACGCAAGAGCGCCGCCCCUUUUUUCCGAUCAUGUCCAAAAACCUGCGUGGCCCGGUGCGGCCGGUGCACAAGCGAGCGAAGCGCGCGCGCGGGAGUGGGAGUCGUGGGAAUCUUUGGCAUUUGAUCGGAACGAGCGGAAAGUGUGGGUCUGACGAGCGCAUGUGGGAGGGGCAAACGAAAAAUCCGAUGUGGAGGAGAGUAAGUAACUAAUGGCAAUGCUUCCAAUGAAUGUAUUCUGCAGAAGUGCACAUCAACUUGCGCUUGCUCAUUGAGCAUGACAACCAUAAUUGUUUCAUAAUUCGCCAACAAACCACGUCCAGGUCGCGAAGUGGCCGGCCGCUGUUCUCGCGCGCACCCGCACGAAGUCGAUGUUCGAAACGUUGAAUCUUGCGCGGAUCCGUUACUUCAUCGAAACCGGGCGGCUGGACGCCCGGUUUCCGAUCACGCAGAGGCAUUUGAAGGAGUCGGGAUGUGUGAAGUUUGUGCGGUCCGGGGUCCAAGUGUUCAACGUCAAUGACUAUCCUUUUCCCUACAAGAUCGACCUCGAAGUCGCCUGCGCGGACCAGAGCACGAUCGAGCAGGUGAAAAAUGUCGGGGGAACCGUGACCAUCGUGUACUACUCCAAGCUGGCCUUACGUGCGCAUUUACAUCCAGAGCGAUUUGACAUCCUGCCCAAGAUGAGCCGCCCGGGCAAGCGGAUCCACUACCUGGAGAAGAUGAAAGCCCGGGGCUGCAUCGUGCGGUACAUCAAGCCUCUGUGGCUGAUCCGGGAGGAGCAACGGGUCAAAUCGGAGCUGCAGGAGCAGCUGGCAACCAACCACCUGAUGCACGCAGGAGGAGAUGGUGGUGGUGGUGAACUGCAGGGGCAGGGUUUCCCCGCAGGUUUUCCAGCGUGA